GCGAGAGCGCACGGCGGGGCGCGGCCAAGGCUGGGGCACUGCGCGAGGAGGGACGCGGCCGGGUGCCCAUGGCGUUCGCGCUGCUGCGCCCCGUCGGCGCGCACGUGCUGUACCCGGACGUGCGGCUGCUGAGCGAGGACGAGGAGAACCGCAGCGAGAGCGACGCCUCUGACCAGUCUUUCGGCUGCUGCGAGGGCCUGGAGGCGGCGCGACGCGGUCCGGGCCCCGGGGGCGGGCGGCGGACGGGUGGCGGCGCCGGCCCGGUGGUUGUGGUGCGACAGCGGCAGGCAGCCAACGCGCGGGAGCGGGACCGCACGCAGAGCGUGAAUACGGCCUUCACGGCGCUACGCACGCUCAUUCCCACUGAGCCGGUGGACCGCAAGUUGUCCAAAAUAGAGACCUUGCGCCUGGCGUCCAGCUACAUCGCGCACCUGGCCAACGUGCUGCUGCUGGGCGACGCGGCCGACGACGGGCAGCCGUGCUUCCGCGCGGCCGGCAGUGGCAAGAACGCGAUCCCCGCCACCCCCGACGGCGGCCGCCAGCCACGCUCCAUCUGCACAUUCUGCCUCAGCAACCAGCGCAAGGGGGUGAGUACGUGGCGCCCCAGGACUGCGGCCGGCCGCGGGGGUGGCCGCCGUGACCUGGGAGGCAGCUGCUUGAAGGUGAGGGGGGUGGCCCCUCUUCGAGUACCGCGGAGAUGAGCCUGGACCCCGGUGGCAUUUGCUCCAAGCAGGACCCUGGAGAAGGAGGCCGGAAGCCAGUCACUGGUUGAACAGGGGAGAAGACCCCAGGAGCUGAACCUUCCCUUCCUUUGUGUAGGGACCAGAGGACAAUGGCUCGGGCCCACGACCCUCUGGACAGGCCCCCUGGGACAUCUCUUCCCCACCCCGGAGAGCUGUGAAGACCCAUGCAGCUGGCGCCAGCCCUGGCUGGUCAGAGACAAGGCAGAACUUUUGCAAAAACAAUGACUGUUGGUGACAGAGGAUGUGUGCAUGUCUGUGUGUGUGU